UGACUUUGAAUAGUAUUUUCUGAAACAUUUAGUGAACAAAAAAUAGUUACAAAUAAUGAGAGUUUUGCACAAAAAACUAGACUUCAGUUAAAACUCCAAUUGAUUAUCAGUUUCUCAGAAAAUAUUGAAAACGUUUUACUAAUUAUUGUUUGUAUCGAUUGAAUCGCAUCCCAAUCCCAAACCCCAUCCCAUUCCCACUGAUGGCACUCACCCGACACUGUCUGUCCAAACCAGUGACACAACUCUUGAGACGAUUGACGAGAUCAGUGCCAAUGUCCGGCCCGUCAUCUUCGCGUCCGUCAUCCGAUUUGUCGUCAUUUCGCGAAGUCUUCGCCAAAAGCCGACACAUCGUUGCGCUGACCGGCGCUGGCAUUAGUGCUGAGAGCGGUGUCCCCACAUUCAGGGGGUCGGGAGGUCUUUGGCGCACAUAUAAGGCGCAAGAGUUGGCCACUCCUGAGGCCUUUGCCUCGAAUCCAGCGCUCGUUUGGGAGUUUUACUCAUACCGUCGAGAACUGGUCCACACGAAGACACCCAACGACGCCCACAAGGCAUUGGCUGAGACUGAGAAACGGUUGGCCAAUGAGGGCAAGCGAUUGGUUGUCAUCACUCAGAACAUCGAUGAACUGCACCGAAGGGCUGGAAGUGAUAAUGUGAUUGAAUUGCACGGAACCCUCUUCAAGACCCAGUGCACCAAAUGCGGUGACAUUGCCGUCAAUAAGGAGUCGCCGAUUGUGCCGGCGCUCAAAGGCAAGGGAAGUCCCGACCCGUCAGAGAUGGACUCGAAGAUACCGAUCAAAGAGUUACCGCAUUGUGUCAAAUGUCACGGACUUCUCCGACCACACGUCGUCUGGUUUGGCGAACCCCUGGACCCGAGUGUUCUGGAAGCGGCCCAAACAGAACUAGACAAAUGUGAUCUUUGUCUUGUGAUCGGCACCUCCUCUAUCGUAUACCCGGCGGCAAUGUUUGCGCCACAAGUAGCCGCUCGAGGGGUACCGGUGGCUGAGUUCAACAUUGAAAGCACUCCUGGAACCCAUCAUUUCGGGUUUCACUUCGAGGGCGGGUGUGCCUCCACUCUACCCUCAGCUAUAAAGGCUAAGAACGGCUAA